CUCUUUCUCUAUCACAUUCACGUUUAUUUCUCUUCAGUUUUGUUCCUUCUCAUCUCUUCUGUUUCAAUGGCUGCUGUGGCUAUGGCUUCUGCUGCUAAUUAUGGUGCAUACUUUAGAACCAACACUAAAAACAAGUAUAAAUUUCCUAUCUUUGAACUUAAAAACCAUUCUUGGCCUGCUGCCUCUGCCAAUAUUCUUGAGAAAAGAAGUGUUAGGUUGUCAUCUUCAAUGGUGCGAAUCAUUCCAAGAGCAACACCAUCAGCCACUGCUGUGGAGAAUGAUGACACUGAUACAGUUCCAACCCCCAAAGUUAUAAUCGACCAAGACUCGGAUCCCGACGCCACCGUAGUUGAAAUAACCUUUGGCGAUCGUCUUGGAGCUCUUAUGGAUACUAUGAAUGCCCUUAGAAAUCUUGGGUUGAAUGUUGCUAAAGCAAAUGUCUACCUGGAUUCAUCUGGGAAACAUAAUAAGUUCGCCAUCACUAAGGCUACUACGGGAAGGAAAGUCGAAGACCCGGAACUGCUCGAGGCAAUACGUUUGACGAUUAUAAACAACUUACUCGAGUAUCAUCCUGAAUCAAGUUCCCAGUUAGCAAUGGGUGCGACUUUCGGUGUUGAGCCACCAAAAGAAAAGGUUGAUGUCGACAUUGCAACACACAUAAGAGUCGACGAUGAUGGUCCCAAUCGUAGCUUGCUAUACGUGGAGACCGCUGAUCGCCCAGGGUUGCUGGUGGAUCUUGUAAAAAUCAUCUCCGACGUCAACAUCACGGUUGAGUCCGGGGAGUUCGACACUGAGGGGUUGUUGGCAAAGGCAAAGUUUCACGUCAGCUACAAGGGUAAAGCCAUCAGCAGGCCCCUGCAGCAGGUUCUUGCUAACAGUUUACGAUAUUUCUUGAGGCGUCCAACUACAGAGGAGGCGAGUUUUUAGAACCGGUAUCGUGUGACAUGCUUUGAAAAAUAAAAGGAUAUGCACUAAACAAGAAGAUAUUCUGCAAAAAUAUGGUUUAUUAUGUAACAUGAAGGCAGAAAGUGAAAGUUCUGCAGGAAAUUAUAACAUUUGAAUUUCAUUUC